GAGUAGUGGUCAGGAACACACUAAUCUAGGGUACUAGAGAGUGAUUUUUGACCACAGCUGUGUCCUCAUUAUCAGUUCAAAAUGGACAUGUUCCAAACAUACUCUGUUCUCUAUAUACAGCACGAUGUUCUCGUACAGAAUGUUUCACUAUCAUGAGUCCAAACCUCACACACUGUUUACUGUGGUGUACGGGGCUUGUUGGUGUGUUUGUUUGUGUCCUUAUGUGUGUGUCAGAGUGACGGAGGGUGUGUAUUGCUGGCUGUGUAAGAUAAAGAGAGGCGUGUGUGUGUGAGAGAGAGAGAGUGGUGCAUGCUCAGUCCUCCUGCAGCUGAUACAUUAGCAGAUAGUUGAGGGUUAAGAGAGAGAAAUGCCCUGAACAUGACAGACUGCUGAGCGUAACAACAUCAGCGAUGUGGUAAAGAUGGCUUUGUAUGUUUUCUUUCUGUCGAGAUGACCUCUUCAGCUCCUUCUAUCACACUCCUCACUCCCAGCGACCUCGACUCGGGAUCGGGCGUGUGAAUUAGACUUCUCUCCAGCAUCAUCAAGCCUCGAUCUCUUUCCCCCCUCAUCCCGCUUUCCAGAGACGAUGGACAGUCCUCCGAAGCUGGCCGGAGAGACGCUGAUUGUUCAUCACAUCCCUCUAGUGCACUGCCAGGUUUCUGGGUCGCACCAGCACUGCGGAAGCCCGCUGAGGAAAAGCAACAACCCCUUCAGCUGCCCGGAAAACCUCGGCUUGAUCCGCACCACUUCGCUUCCUGAGAGGGACGUCCUCCAGCGUGAGGCGCUGGUGUACAGCAGCCUGAUCCAGACCUCCAGCUCGAGCGAUGCUUUUGAAGACGAAGGGAUGAGAGGAGAGAAGAAAGGAGUGAGAGGUGGAAGCAUGGCGAGCGACACUUCCUCUUUCACGUCCAGCAAUUCCGAGGACGCUCUUCCUAAAGUCCUGUCGAAGAAGGUGCACAACAGGCCAAGCUCCCUCAGACACAAUCCCUUCCUGCUGAACGCGGGGGAAAUCGAUUAUGAUGAUGAUGACGACGACGAUGAUGAUGGAAGCAACCUGAAUGGAUAUUUGGAGGAUUCUUCCUUUCACUUGCAUGGAAACUCGAACACAGCCUUAGACGACAGAGUGGACUUGGCUCCUUUCCAUCUGCAUGAGCUGGGUUAUAACUCCGGACCGUUCCACCUGCAUGAAUCUUUGGAGAAGGUCUGGAGUUCAGACCAGAAGGGGGCUUCCGGACGCCAUUUUUCUGCCCGUCUCGAGGGUCUGGAUCUUUUGGGACUAGACAUUCAGCAUCGUCACGGCAGCAGCGGCUCCACCCUGUCGAUGGACUGUGGAGAGCAAGAGUGGGACGACGAUGACGAUGAUCAGUCCAUGCAAGGUGGGCGGGGCAGUUCAGAAUGUUGUGGAUGCUCCAGGACUUAUCCUGAAUCGUUCCCAGAUUUUGCUCACGGUUACUGCAGCGAUUCAUCCUGCAACAGCUCUGACGGCAUCCUGGUCAACUUCAGUACCAUCUACAACAAGACCAACAACAUUGUCCCUGACAAGCCGAUCAACCUCAACAGCUCUGCCGAUCAGUCCUGCACCUCUUCUGUAUCUGAGCCGGUCUGUAUGGGCGGGGCUGAAUAUGGAAGUGGGGGUGGAGCUUUUUACUUGGACUUGCACAGAUCUCCAACAGAAGCUCCUCAGGAAGCCCCUGACCUGCCAUCUUCCUCUUCCUGCCUAUGCUCUUCCCAGCCACAGGGAGGCACAGUGGAGCUCGACGCUAACUGCAAUUCCUAUCACAACCAUGAAGGUCUGUUACCCUCAGAGACUUCGGCCAAUGACCUCACUUCUUGUAUGCAGAGCCAGGCACGGCUGGUUGUCGCAACACAGAACUACUACAAGCUGGUAACCUGCGACGUUUCAUCACAUUCCUCCCCAAGUCCUGCAGGAUCUUCGGUCACAAGCUGCUCCGAUGAACACAGCAAAGGAAGUCCCACCCAGCCCACAGAGUACUUCCUGUUUAGGCACAGUAAAGAACAAGAAGAGGAGGAAGAGCAAGAAGAUGCACAGGUCAGCACACAAAAGCCGUGUGAGAAGAAUGCAGAGCCGCCCCUGUGUGACGAUGACUCCAUGCAUUCAAAUGUAAUUGAGGGACAAGUGUAUGUCAACAUCUCACCUCCUGUGGGCGGAGCCAUAGUUGGAGCCCGCCUUCGUUCACGCAGCUAUGACCGGAACCUGGACAAGACCCCACAGCCUCGUCUGGGCUCUCUGGAGCGCAUGCUAAGCUGUCCCGUGCGUCUCAGUGAGGGUUCCACCCCUGGCCCGGCCCCUCCGCCGCGCGUCACUUCCUUUGCUGAGAUCGCGAGGAACAAAAGGAAGAACGGUGGAUCUCCUUCUCAGAAGAACAGUGCUGAUGCCUCUUCUGUUCACUCCCACUCAUCUGGAGAGUUCUCCCCGAUUCUUGAAGAUCUUUCCUUGCUGAUAAACUCCCCCCACUGGAGCCUACCACUCAGAGUCUCACCGGGGGGAGCAGGGAGAGAGACAAGGACCAAAGCAGAAGGUGGACUGUCCAGUUCUGUGGACUCGUCCCCAGCAGUAGUGCGCUACAGUAAAGAUCAGCGUCCCACCACGUUACCCAUCCAGCCCUUCACCCUGCAGCAGCAGUUCGGGAAACCCCAGGCGAAGCCUGUCCUGCCUCUGCUGGACGAGUACAUCAAUCACAUGCAGGCUCGCCUUGGCUCCGCCCCCUCCGAGCGGGACGAGGACUCUGACGACGAUGGUCAGCGUCCCCGGCCGUCUCCUUUGGGCAGUUAUUCGCCACCCCGAUCCCUCUCCUGCCCCGCCCCGCUCUCUCACACCCCUCCUGGGGUCGCCCAAACCACCAAGCCGGCCCCACUACCACCGACUCCUCCCCCUGCCACCAGAGGGCACUGUUUCCACAGAGCCAGCCGGAGUACGUUACCCACGUUGCCCAGCUCCGGCCUCAGUCCCAUGGCGCAGCUAGAGGUGGGGCGACAGGAAGAGGAAGUGAAAGUUCCUCCUGUGUGUAUGGCACAGAGAACACACCACGCCCAUCACCUCUCCCCCCAGGCUCUGAAAUGGAGAGAAUACAGGCGUAAGAACCCUCUGGGUGUGGAGAAGAGAGACGCCUGUUCUUCCUCUCCCUCCUCUUCCUCCUCUCUGUCUGCCUCUGCUGCUUUGACUGCCCGGAGACGCACAGUGAGACGCAACGUCUUUGAUUUCCCUCCAUCGAAUCACGCGCUGAACUUCAGCAGACUCCACGGUCAGUCGUUGAGGUGUUACAGUGACCUGCUGCCGGAUUAUUUCUCUCAGACUGAGCGCCCCCCAGAGGAGUUCUGCCUCUCGCCUGAUGCCACCUCGGAAGAGUCCAUCUCCAUCGACCUGCAUCAGAAGAGAGGUCUGGUGAAGGCCAUAAACACAGCCGUGGAUCUGAUCGUGGCUCAUUUUGGCACCAGUCGUGACGCAGGAGUAAAGGCAAAGUUGGGCAACAGCUCAGUGAGUCCCAACGUGGCUCACCUGAUCCUGAAGUACCUGUGUCCCGCCGUGUGUGACGUGCUGCAAGACGGCCUGCGAGCGUACACACUGGACAUCAUCAUUGGUCAGCGGCGUAAUCAACCCUGGAGCGUAGUGGAGGCCUCAACACAGCUCGGUCCCUCUACACGUGUACUACACAGCCUCUUCCUCAAAGUCAGUCAGUACUCGGAGCUGACCAAUCACAGCAUGAGACUCAAUGCCUUCAUCUUAGGACUGUUGAACUUGCAGUCUCUGGAGUUCUGGUUUAAUCACAUAUACACACAUGAAGACAUCAUAGCGGCCCACUACCACCCGUGGGGUUUCCUUCCCCUUUCUCAAGGGGCAUGUCAGCCAAUGUUUGAGGAGUUGCUGCUCCUACUUCAGCCGCUGUCGCUUCUGCCCUUUGACCUCGACCUUCUGUUUGAACCUCAUCAGUUGCAAAAAGGCCAAGAGCACCUGAGACGUAAAGAGCAGCUGUGCUCCACCAGACAGGGCCUCGACCAAUCAGCUUGCUCCACAUUCCAGCUCAUGAGGGGCCCGACAGAGUCUUUGCAGCUAAAAGAGGAGGCGGGGUCUAACCAAAAAGGGGUGGAGCUUCACAGAGGAAGGUUUAUGUUAAGACGUGAGGGAACCUGGCCUCGGAUGGAUGGGGCGGAGUCUAAAAAACAGGUGCGGAGGAUGCGAACGAGCGACAGGGCAGGUAGCGAAUCAGAAAGCGAAGGGAUGGUGUUGCACUCAGCCAGGAUGAACGGAGUGGGCGGGGAGGAUGAAGAGAGGGAGAGGAAGAGGGAGAGGGAAAGAGAGAAAGACGGAGAGAGAGACAAGGUAAGAAGCAAGCAGGCGGGCUGGUGGUUCCAGCUCAUGCAGAGUUCUCAGGUCUACAUUGAGAACUCUGAGGGAUCCAAGUUUGUCAAGUGGGAGAAGCGCAAGAAAGGAAGUGGGGCUGAGGGGCGGAGACAAACCAAUCCACCCCCGAGAGUGGGCGUGGUCGAAGGCGCAGAGGCCCAUCAUGUGAUGGAUGAAAACCCAGAAACCACAGUGUGCAAUGACACGCGUCAUAAUGCCAGCACCGGAACCUUCCCCCAAUCAGAACCGCCCAAGGCCAUUAAAGGGAAGCCGUCUUGGAUGGGCAGUCCACCAGAAUCUGUGCUGAGCGAGCUGAAGAGGACGAACGAGACGCAGCCCGAGGGGGCAGAAGCCGAAACGCAGACAGCUCAGAAUCUACGCUGGGGUCGGCUGUUUGGAGCCGGAACCAUCGGCAAAAUGGAGAAAACAGAACCCAAAUCCUCCAAGAACCCGAAAAGCAGGCUGCCGUCAGGUUGGCUGAGUCUGGAUCGAACCGUGCUGGACUUAGUGGUGCAGUCUGUGGGGAAGAGGGCGGAGCCUCAGGCAUUAAACACACACAGUGCUGAGACACAACACAGUCAGACACAGCAGGACCAAACACAGGAGCCCAACAUACAGACAACAGCUGCACGUGAGGUGAGAGCAUUGUGCCACCACAUCGCCACGGAAACAGGUCACCUAAGCUUCCAUAAGGGCGACGUGCUGCAGGUCCUGAGCAGAGCAGACUCUGAUUGGUUGCUGUGUGCCCUCGGCGACGCCCAUGGCCUGGUGCCCAUCAUCUAUGUUACUUUAAACGAUGAGGAGAGUGAAGAUUCUCGAGGGCCACAGUGAACACACACACACACACACACACACACACGGUUUGGGAUGUGCACCUUCAUUGAGUUUGUGAUUCUGCGCUUGAGGGGUAAAUCGUAGCUCUGAUAAACGGACAGUUUAAACAAACGCUAAUAUUAAUCUUAACUAAUAUGGGUAUCGUCAUAUUUAUUGCCUGCUGUAAGAUAACAUUUGCCAUGCAAACUGAAAAAAAAAGCCAAAUCAGUGUGUCAUGCAACUACAAAAAGAAGUACACGAUCAUGCUAGGCGCUAAUACUACCCUUCGUUAUUAGCUGUGUUAGCAUUGCCAAGUCACCCGCAGACUUGUUGCUAAAACUAUGUAGCUCUCUCUCUCUUUCUCUCCAUCUCUCUCUCUCUCUCUCUCUGAGAUCUUUAUAAUGGUAUUUAAAGUGGGAUUUUUUUAACGCACAUUCUUGACGUGAUUAGCAAUUAGAAACGUUUGCAACCUGGACAUCGCAGCCCAAUCUCAUGAAGAUGUUUAGCAGCGACAGUGUUGCUCUCUACACCUGUAGAUCUGUAAGUUUUUAUAUGAACAUGUAUGAUUUUGUGUACAUUUACAGUCUGUAAAGCAUCCAGAAGAGGAGCAGCCGUCAUAGGAGGUUAUAACUAGGACCAGAGCGAUAGGAUUAGCAGCAUUACGGAUACAAUCACGUUUCUAAACAAGCCGCGGACAUGACAGCGUGCUACUGCAGGGUGGAUUAGUGUCAAUUACAGUUCAUGUAGGUAAUCCUUUCUCCUGUGAGUGAUCAGCGUCCUGUGGGGACCAACAGCCUGUUUACUGACCGCCCCAAAUAAUAUGUCAAGUCCAGUUAGACGCCUUCAGCUGAAUCCUUUACACAACUGAAUGUGAUUGGAUGAACAGAGGAUCUGCUAGAAUCCAGAAGAAACAGAGAAACAGAGAAACUAAUCCGCAUGGGUUAUGGAGACGCUGUGUUUCCGGACAGCUUUAAUACAACACUCUGCUCUGGUGCUAGUUAUAACAGUCACACGUAUUAAACGGAAAGCUUAGCACACGGUCACGUGCGGUGUGACGUCACUGAGCGUGGGUGUAGUGACCAUGGUGACGGUGUUUGCUAGGCAGAUCCUUCAUCUUUAAAAAAAAAAAAAACAGAGUGUUGUGUUUAUCAUGGUUCUGUGGGUAAGGUGCGGCGAUGUCUGUCUGAGUUACGCUAACUUAUUUAUUGUUGGUUUUAUACAGCGAUUAGCAGCUAACUACCAAACUAGUAAGCUAUUUAUAUGUUUACUCCAGCAACAGCCUCAUAGGAAUGCUAGCUUUAGCAAAUAAACAGGUUUUUUUCAUGUAAUGUGGCAUUUACGUAAGCAGUAUAUAGCGAAGCGUGUGGGUGACUCCAGCCAGUGGGACGUCAGGGCGGGGCAGGGAGCGCUGCACCACCUGUACUACUGAAUACACCUGAAGACACAUACAGACACUCUUAGUAUCAACUUCCUGUUGUUCUGACCAAUCAGAAGCCAGGGAUUUUCUUGCAUGUCAGACACUGACUCGAGGUUAGAACUGAACUGGAACAUUAACCCCACCUACAGACUGCUUCACCUGCUGGAGGAGGAGGAGGAGGGAAGGAGGAAGCCGGCGCUAGCUUUAGUCUAGGCAUUAACAUUAACUGCUGAUUUGUUUCUUUCCAGCGCUGACGCAUUUCAGCUAGACAUGUGCCGAUAUUCAGGUGCAGGAGAUCUGAGAUGAAGUCUGUCAUGAGAGCGGCCCCGGGGCCGAUGUGAAGAGGAGUCUCUCCGAGAGAAGACAAUCCUGUAAAUUCUGUUCUGUGUAGAAAACUGACCCGAAUGAAUCAAACCUGCUGCUGUCUUUAAAUUACUGAACUAAAGUCACAUAUCGGCACAUGUCUACUCUUUGCCAGGGAGAGACAUAAUCAUCUCUGGACAUUUUCCAUGAAAUGACAGACUAACUAAUAGGCAAGUGAAGGAAAAGAAUAGUAUGUGGUUGUUUUUUGUUGUACUGAAGGCAUCACGGAAACGUGUUUAUUAUUAACUUGUCUGUUUGUUCUCUGUGUAAAGCUUCACUUUAACAUCACUAGACCUGAAAAUGACAAGUGUCCAUGAAGGACAGGACAGGAAUCUCUGAGAUGACCUGACAUGGCUCACUGGGCUAAACCAGAUGUUAUUAACAGUUAUUUAUGAAGAGUUUUUGGAUAAAAGGCAGGUUGCAUGUUAGACGUCACGUCACAGUGUAACUGACCAUGCAAGCCUACAAACCGUCCACUACUGAUAAAUAUCCGUUUGAAAGCUUCAGAGUAAAACUUUUAGCAUUUAUUCAGACUUUAACCCGAUCACAGGUUGCUGUACACUGAUCAGGGUGAGAGUGUGAUGAGAAAGUGUAAACUCACUACACACUCAGUGCGUUACAGCCUCUGUUUAAUUCCGAACCCGUCCUUCAGAAGGGAUUUACCGCUGUGGCGUUGGGAAACGUGACGUUAUUCUGAAGGUCAGCGUUUUAUUUUUAAUUUAGCGUUAUAUUGCACACUAAUUUAUUUCAUUCUUCACUUGCCUGUAAGUGAACCCGAGUCGUAAGAGAAUGGUUAUUGUUGUUAUAGUUAUUACUGAAAACGAUAUUGAUUUGUUUCUACAGAUUACCACAACAGCUUCGGUUGACCAUGUCACGUUAUAAAUUGAUUUUUCUUUUUUUGUAUCAUUUUAUAUUAUUUUCUAAUACAGAAAAUGCAUUUUAUUCACGUAUUUAUUCAGUCGCACUUGUAAAUAUGUGACAUUCUGGGAAGAAUAUGCUAAUUGUUAAUUAACAGAAGUUACUUGAUGUAAUUAACAUGUAAUAACACGUCUAUUUCAAUAGGCUGUACAGAAUAGCACUGUUAUUAUACGGGACGUUACUAGAGGAGAUGUGUCCUAGAGUUUAGUUUUUGCUCUGCAUAUUAUGUUUGUCACUCUUCUUCUCGGUCACACACUCAACACACACUCCGAGAGAGAGAGAGAGAGAGAGAGAGAGAGAGAGGUGGAAACUAGACUAGUGCCUUUUUGUAUCACAGUAAAUGUAUUUGUAGGGACGGACAAAAAUUAUUGAGACGGAACCAAAGCAGGAAAAUAUGAAAUCAGAGUGAUCUACUUUUAAGAUGUAAAUUGAAUACAUUUUCUACAUUGUUUUGCUAAAGGCUUAUCAUGGUUUAUAAAGCGACCGGGCUGCAGGUCUGAGAACCUGAGAGAGUUUUGAGAACUCAGAGUGAUUUUUUUCUCUAAAGCAUCCUGCUAUUAGUUUGCAUUUACUGUCUGACACAAAAAAACUUAAAGCGAUGCUACAUGCAUACAAAUUCCAGACAAAAAGACGUGUAAUUAGCAUGAACACGAGGAUAAAACCUGACAAUCCUGAUGAGCCGUCAUCUCCAAUAGCGGUCACCAUGCAGUCCAUGAGGUGUCUCAGCUGUGAUUAAUCGACCUGAUUCAGACCUGUCAGAGAGCUGAGGGCCGACCCCGAGUAGCCGGCUGGAGAUCUAGGUUCAGAUUAAAUUUAGAUCCAGAUUGGUGAACGUCUCGUAGCUCAGCUCAGCUGAAGGAGAACAUCCUGGUGAAAGCAGAAGAAAAGUCAAAGCAAGUGUUUUCGUAGCUCGUGAGCUCAGAGUGAAGCUUCUCUCUCUGCUCGGCUUGUUCCCUCUCUCAGCUCUGUUCCUCACACGUGGCUAGCCUGCUAACAAGCUGUACAGUAGAACACGAGGAAAGCACAUGAAACAUCAAGGUGUGAAAUCUGCAAAAAUUAUCAACAGCCAUGUUUUUUUCUAAGUGUUGAUCGAGUAGACAACUAGUACCUUAAAGGCCUGAUGUAUGUAAGGAACGGGGCUCCCCUCUCCCCCCCACCCUUCUGUAUGAUGUGUAUGACCUCACCAACCGUGUAUGGAGAUCAAUAACAAAGUGCUCAUGUGAACGAC